AUGUUAACAUUUGCCGAAACACUUUAUACCGGUAGUGAACAGCAACUCAAACAGAAUGGCGAAGUACUCGAUGAACUUUUCAGUGACAUACCGCAACUUAAAAAAGUGAUCGAUGUAUUGCUUGGAGAUAUUCAGCAAGGGAACCAUUUAUUGCUAGUCGAGGAGCAGGGAUUGUUAAAUAAAAAUAUCGCAUACAGACUGUUACAGAUCUUAAAUCGCCCUACGGAAUAUAUACAAUUGCACCGCGACACAACGAUAGAGUCUUUGACAGUAAAGCUUAAUGAUCAAACUGGCUUGUACGAGGAUUCACCACUGGUCAAAGCCAUUGAAUAUGGCCAUUUGUUAGUUAUAGAUGAUGCAGAUAAAGCACCAAUAAACGUGACAUGCAGCUUAAACACUUUAAUGGGAAAAGGAGAAACAGUUUUGAGUGAUGGAAGAAUAAUAACUUCCAAUAAAAUGAUAAACAUUUCUGAACGCAAAUCUGCAAAUUUUAUUCCCGUGCACGAAGAAUUUAGAAUGAUAGUAAUGACUAGUCACACUGGAUUUCCGUUUUUGGGGAAAGACUCUUUAACUCCUCUAGUACUCAAAGCUGGCCAGAAAGGCACCACUGUUAAAGCUGUCGGCUCUAGCCCAGUCAUUACUACUGUUGUGUUGGGUUUCUCGGGCACGGGAACACAUACUGCUACAGCUGUAGCCACAGGUACAUCAGAAGCCACGGCAACAGCAUUGACUUAUGGUAGUGGAAGCUCGACUGCUACGGCAACUGCUUCUGGCUCAUCAUCUUCAACCGCAAUAGCACACUCAUAUGAUGCAGGACAUGCCACCGCCACAGUGACCACUUCUGGAUCAUCAGUUGCUUAUGCCACAGCGGACGCACACAACUCAGGAAAAGCCACUGCAACAGUAACCUCUACUGGUUCAUCAACAGCUGGUGCCAUAGCAUACGCACAAGACUCAGGAGUUGCCACCGCCACGGCAACCACUUCCUCUUCGACAUCCGUUAAUGUCCAGGCGAUCGCUAGUGGAACUCAAGUCGUCACUGACACACAAACUAUGUCUUGA